GAUUGUAAUUUCAGUCUGAGCAUAGCACGGGUCGCGCGUUGUUAUUCACCUAACGCCCGAUCCCCGAUUGGUUUAUUCCCUCGUAACCCCCGUAGCAGAGGAGAUCAUCGCGUGUCCUGAUCCCCGGUAGCGGUAGCGCAAGGCAAUAACGGAUUCAGUUCGUCCUUACCGGUAGUCAUCCUGCGCCGAGUAUCAGCAGUAAUUUAGCAGCGGUAAAACGGCGUAAAUUGCUUGCAAUUCGCAGCAGUGAAAUUAAACGCCUUGGAAUCUCGGAAGCGUCCUUGGUAUGUUCUACGCGAGCGUGCUUUUCAUUGUAAUAAAGUGAACCUGGGCGGUGUCCGCCGUGAUACGCUUGGAUUAGCUUCAUUAGCACGGAAGCGAUAAAAAAAUUGGCUAUUCUAUGUGGAUUAAGUGCCCCAAUGAAGCCUCCGCCAGCGGAUUAACAGAGUGAUUAUUGUGAUUAACUGUUCUUUUUUCGUUCUGCUUCAUUUCCGGAUAUCAAAGAGAAAUAAAUACAAUUCAUUCGCAAAAAGUGAACCAAGCAGGAUACGGAAGUGGUGCGAUACUCUUUUUUCGUCCAACUAUUCUGAAGCGUUCUGUGUGCGUGUGUGAUCUAGUGCUAGUGGGAAAUGUUAGCCAUGGACUGGCGAAGAAGUGCAAAUAUGAUAGCACUCAGUGCAAUACUAUUAGUCAUCGUUGGAACUGGGACGAAUGCCGUUCGAGUGGCGCAGCAGCAGCCAAACUCCAGAAGAGUCUCAGCCGAUCAGACACCAGCAUCGUCAUGGUGGCAGCCCCACAUCGCCGAUUCACUUCCAGCAACCAAAAACUUCUUCCAGGCCACCCAUGGGCUGGUGCAGACACAUCCUGCCCUCACCAAAACUAGCCCUAAGGCCCUUCCGCUGGUGGGCAAACCCUCGUUGUCCUCAUUAUCCAGUGGGUUUCCUUCGAUCGCAAACCCGAACCCACGAUCACCGUUCCGCCAUCUGGACUUCAGUAGUAGCGCUACCGCUGAGCUGAGACGUAAUCCCAGCUUGUCCGCACCGGACGAAUGUGCACGAGCCUGCCGUGAAGGAGAACCGGCAAGAAUCUGUUACUACCACUUCACCGUUGAGUACUACACCGUGCUUGGAGCUGCGUGCCAAAUUUGUACGCCAAAUGCUACCAACACCGUGUGGAGUCAUUGCCAGUGCGUUCUAGCCGAUGGUGUCGAACGUGGAAUCCUAACCGCAAACCGAAUGAUCCCUGGACCGAGUAUACAAGUGUGCGAAAAUGAUCGAGUUGUGAUCGACGUUGAGAACCACAUGGAAGGCAUGGAGCUGACUAUUCAUUGGCACGGCAUCUGGCAGCGAGGAACGCAAUACUACGACGGUGUGCCUUUUGUGACGCAAUGCCCCAUUCAACAGGGAAAUACAUUCAGAUAUCAGUGGACUGGAAACGCAGGAACUCACUUCUGGCACGCUCACACCGGUCUGCAGAAGAUGGACGGUCUUUACGGUAGUGUCAUUGUUCGCCAGCCUCCAUCCCGUGAUCCCAACUCGCAUCUGUACGAUUUCGAUUUGACCACACACAUUAUGCUGGUAAGCGAUUGGUUGCAUGAGGAUGCCGCCGAACGGUAUCCGGGUCGUCUCGCUGUCAACACCGGUCAAGAUCCUGAAUCGAUGCUUAUCAACGGAAAGGGACAGUUCCGUGAUCCAAAUACCGGUUUCAUGACCAACACACCACUGGAAAUUUUCACCAUCACCCCCGGCAGACGCUACCGAUUCCGAAUGAUAAACGCUUUCGCUUCCGUCUGUCCGGCACAAGUCACCAUCGAAGGACACACCCUGACGGUCAUCGCCACUGACGGAGAACCGGUGCAGCCAGUGCAAGUCAACACUAUUAUUUCAUUCUCAGGUGAACGAUACGAUUUCGUAAUCAACGCCGAUCAACCCAUUGGUGCUUACUGGAUUCAACUGCGUGGUCUGGGCGAAUGUGGCAUCAAACGAGCCCAGCAGUUGGGUAUUCUUCGAUACGCCCGAGGUCCGUAUCAGCCAUCUUCACCACCACCAACUUACGAUGUUGGUCUACCGCAGGGGGUGGUCAUGAACCCACUGGAUGCCCAAUGCAACAGACAGCGAGAUGACGCUAUUUGUGUGAGCCAGCUGAAGAACGCCCGGGAAAUCGACCGAAGUCUGCUUCAGGAAAAACCCGACGUAAAGAUAUUCCUACCAUUCCGAUUCUAUCUGUACCGGCCGGAGGAACUGUUCCAGCCCAACACGUACAAUCGAUUCCUGGUCGCCCCCACCGGAGAUCAUGUAAUUUCGCUGAUUGAUGAAAUUUCGUACCUGUCGGCUCCCGCUCCCCUGCUGUCGCAGUAUGACGAUAUUAAUCCGGAACAGUUCUGCAACGGAGACAACCGACCGGCGGAUUGUGGCGCCAAUUGCAUGUGUACUCACAAAGUUGACAUUCCACUUAAUGCUAUUGUUGAAGUUGUGCUGGUCGAUGAAGUUCAACAACCGAAUCUCAGUCAUCCGUUCCAUCUGCAUGGUUACGCGUACAACGUAAUCGGUAUCGGUCGCUCGCCGGAUUCCAAUGUUAAAAAAAUCAACUUGAAACAUGCUCUCGAUCUGGAUCGUCGUGGUUUACUGCACCGACAGUUCCAACAGCCUCCUUUGAAGGACACAAUUGCUGUUCCAAACAAUGGCUACGUAGUGCUGCGCUUCCGUGCCGAUAAUCCUGGUUUCUGGUUGUUCCACUGUCACUUCCUGUUCCACAUCGUGAUAGGAAUGAACUUGAUCCUCCAAGUCGGCACGCCUGCGGAUUUACCCCCGAUACCGCCCAACUUCCCGACUUGUGGCGAUCACUUACCUCCGAUUCAGUAACGCAAUGGAUUCAAUCUAGACAAAUAGACAAGAAAACUAACCCCAGUUUAGCAAGCAAAAACGGCACAAGCAAAAACUUUUCGGCUGCAAUUACUGACCAGAAAGUAUACUCACUAGUCUGAAAAGUUCACGAGCUUUAGUGGAGGGGUUCCUCAUUCUGCUCAACUGCAAACAGCAUGCACGCAAAAUCAACCGUUGAACAUCUACCGGAAGCAAAAAUACGAGUAGCUGCGAACAGAUUAGAUUCACUAAUUUUUGUUUUGGAAAAUGUAACGCUAUUCCCUAGGUUUAGUUGUGAGAAACUGAGAAUACUCCCUGCAGUAAGAAACAUUAUACCAACAUGCUGACAGUGCUUUGUUUAGAUUAUAGGACCGAGAUUUUUUCGUUUUAAUUUAUAGCAUUUCGAUUGAUAAGUAACUUAAUUUAAUAGUUAGGCAAUUGCUGCUCAAGGCAGAGCACAAAUGCUUGGCGCAGUAAGCUAGAAGCAUGUGAGACAGCAAAUAUUUAGAUGCACUGCGCCAAUACUUCACCAUUCCAUACUGCCGGAUUAAACUUAGAACCAUCUCAUUCUUCUUCUAACUUUAUCAUUUCAGAUUACCGAUUAAUCGUCAAACACAAUCAUUUUCAUUGCUAUUUUAAAGUUUGCCCAGAUGAUUUAUAUUACCAGACAGUGUGCCACCAUAUAUUUAUACCUUUUUUUUGUUUUACAUUUGUGUUUUUCUUGUUUGUUUUCAAUGUUUUUCUUUUCUUUUCGGAUAAUCAGGUUUUAGGAUAUUUCACGCAUUCGGUAAAAAACAAGUGUAAAUAUGUGUAAUACUCAAACAAAUUCAUACCAUAUACGUUUCACAUCUUACAUUACAUAAUGCACGUAACUGUAUUCUUCUCGAAGCGCACGUACUUUUCCAGACCGCAUUUAACUUUUUUACACCCAAACUUUCUAGCAUCUCCUCGACGACGACAACAACGACGACGCCCGGCGUUAGAAAAUUUCGCCACUCUUUUAGCGAAGCCAACGAAACACAGACAUUUUUCGAUCCGGAAAAGUUGUAAAUACUCAUUCCCCAAAAUGACCCAAACAAAGCCCUGCCAUCGUUAUUUGCUAGUCCACAAACGUAUACAAAGAGUGGCAACAAGUUUUCGCGUGAGGAAAAUGCAAAUUUAAUUUACACCCUCUCCAGCUUUCGUCGCCCGGCACCGCCUUCUAUACUCACAGGUCCCAAAACGACUCUACAGCAUCGUGAGAGUGGUUGAAACUUUAACGCUUAACUCCAGUGUCAUUAUAGAUAAUAGUGAGAUUAUUUCGUUUUUUUGUUUCGGUCAAGAUAUCUUACUCAAAUGUAGAUAUCACAGCGUAAAUUUCAACCGUCACUGAUUGUUCGGCACUUUAACUGAACCUCAAAACAAUCAUUUGAUCUGUGUUUCAAUAAGACACUGGAGUCGAAACUGUUUGAUUCAUUCUAACGAAUAUCGCUCUCGAACAAUUUACAACAAUUAUCAUCCCUUAUUUUCACAUACAUCGCACACUGCACCCACUGUGAAGCAAACUGCUGAAGGGGAAAAACAUUAGCUCAUUAAUUAUAGCAGAAUUAAAUGUUUGGCUGAUCUUUCAUUGUUCAAUUAUCAAUCAUAGAAUUAUUAUUAUUAUUAUUAUUAUUAUUAUAAACACACAUACAAUGUUGCAAAAUCCAGACAUCGCGUAUACUCAAGAAGGUGCUCAAUUUACGAAGUAAUAAAUUGAGUCCCACUUUUUUGUGUACUACCACCAAAAACGAUUAAAUUAUGUGUAAAAAAACCGUGUACAUAAAAUAUGUGAUUUAUUCUUUUCCUUCCUACACCUCCACCCGUUUCACCUUAAUUCGAGGCAAAUCAUUGUCUUCUCCACCUUACCUGUUGUAAAUAUACUUUCUCGGUGAUAAACCAGCCUUCGUAACCUACUGUACAGAACAAAUUGUAAAUUAGAUGCAAAUGACGCUUUCGUUAUCUUUCCUGUGCUGGCGUUAAUCUUUCGCUCUUCAUCUUCUAUAUUUCGCCACAAAACGGUCGAAAAUAAUCUUCCCAGGUAAGUCGGUAGAUAUUUCUGUACAUAACACACUCAGAAAACUUCACUUAAACAUAGCAACCGGCAUCGCGUGGCAGAGGCCAAAAUUAAUUUAGCUAAGUCCGACUUUUCUAUUCAGUGCCAAUUUUGAUGUCAUCGCCAUGACACUUUAACUGAUAUUUAGCUGGCGUGUACGAAUAUACAGAGCUACCGAAGAACACUCCUCUCGUAAAAGUUUCGAAAAGUUUAAUCAAGCAAAUUGAAUUAUUAAUUCCUAGAUCUUGCCAAAUUACACAUUUGAGUUUUAAAAAUCUACACGAAUAAGGAGGAAAAAAUCACAAUCACAAUCUUCGGAUUACACAGUCCAUAAACGAUGAUGACAGCAAAAUUGUGCAAUCCUGCUGACUAAACUAACAGUACUAUCGCAGCAAAACACCCACGUUUCCAAAAUUGUGGAUGUGCCCGAAUGUGAAAAUUACUGCCAACUAAUCUACUUUUAUUCUGUUCCUUUUUUUUUUUUUUCCACAAUCCAUCCGUGCAUGAUUUCGGUACAC